AUGGAUGUCGCCUUCCAGCUGAGUCUCCUGGACGAUAUCGAUUCCAGGGAGGUGGCCGGACUUCUGCCCAUAUCACGCUACCUGGAAGAAGAUGCACCCACGUUACACAAGGUGGUGAUUGGUACUAUACAGGCCAACCUCGCUGGCUUGGUGCGCGAUCCCAACAAUAGAGACGACAUAAAUAGUAUGAGCCUCGCCGGACUUAGCCCCUUGCACAUAGUAGUCAUCAAGGGCGACAUGGAGGCCUUGCGAAUCCUUCUCAACGCCGGAGCCAAUCUCCUGCUUCAACACGGCGCGGAUAUCAACCUACUAACCAACACCGGAUGGUCUAUCCUGCUCCAUGCCGCUGGCUACAGCGAGCCAGCCGCGAUCCGCCAUUUGGUAGUACACGUUGGCAUGGACAGCGAAUGCGCUGACGGCGAGGGCGACACCCCCUUGUUUAAUGCAAUCUGCCACUACCGGCAUGAGAAUGUCAUCGAGCUGAUCAGUCUAGGAGCCAAUGUGCGACACGUCAACAAAAACAGAGAUACUAUGCUCCAUUACCUAGCAUGGUUCCCGGACAUUGAGUUGAUCCGUUAA